AACACUACACUGUUCAUUCUUAUGGUUAUGUUAUGUUAUGGAUGCACAAACACACAAAACAGUAAAAUUAAAAAAAUAUUGAAUCCGGCUGGAGUUGAGUGAUUAGUCUAUGCAGUUGCGUAUAAUACCGAUCACACUUCCUUUAUUAUCUGUCGUUGUAUCUUUCUCGUGCCACUUUCUGUUUGUUUGUGUUUCUCUCUCCCGCGAUAGUUUGAAGGAACAAUAAAAUAACAACACCCUUCACAACAAUGACCAUUUAGCUAACUCUCUCUCUCUCUCUCUCUCUAACAGUUGGUGAUGGUGGUUGUGGAGAAGAUGAUCAAAAUCGUGAAUGUGAUCAACGUAGAACUCAAUGCACACUCAUUUUCACAGAGAAGAAUUAACACCGUGUGAAGUGUGAAGAGAAAGUUUUCAGAAAGAAAGAAUGUUUAAGCUUCAUAAGCAUAGGUCUGCGAAAUCAAGUGACAGAAUUGAGUUCAGAAUUUCUCAUCUCAAAGCACUUCAGGUACCAAAGGGGUGGGACAAACUGUUUGUUUCUGUUGUCUCUGUAGAAAAUGGUAAAACAAUUGCAAAGUCAAGCAAAGUCACGGUGCGAAAUGGAAGUUGUCAGUGGUCUGAUGUUUUUGCAGAAUCUAUAUGGUUUUCAAGAGAUAAUUUGUCCAAGGAGACUGAUGAUUGUAUUCUCAAGCUCAUUGUUGCGAUGGGAUCAUUAAGAUCUGGAAUCCUGGGAGAGGCCACAGUUAGUAUGACCAGCUAUGCGAGUUCAGAUGCAGCUGUUCCACUUUCAAUCCCGCUAAAUAAGUGCAACCAUGGGACAGUUUUGAAUGUAACAGUGCAGUGCCUUACACCAAGAAAAAAACCCAGGGAUCAAGAAUCAAGGGAAACAAAUUCUCAUUUGAAGGCUAUGAGUGAAAAUAAUCAUGAAGUGACUGUCAAGUCAAAUGGAUCUGAUCAGAGUGUUGAAUCUUCCUCUGUUGGUGAUGUGGACUCUACCUUAUCAUCACCUGAAGAAGUUGAGACUAUGGCAGAAAGUCUUCCUGGUUCUGUAUCAAAUUACAGCUAUAACUCAGCUGAGGACUCCACAGGAAAGGGAAAUUUCUCCACAUACAUGAGUGAUGGGCAGAGCCGGACGGGAAGACAAGAUUCAACCGGUUCCCAGAAAAGUGUAUCCCAUUACGACUACCCUGUUAAUAAUAACUCUUCUCAGUCGAAUCGUUCAUCGUUCAAUUCCCAAAAUAUGCAAGAUACCGGUGCAUCAUCUUACAAGAAGACCAAUGGUUCUAAUAACAGUCUUGAAGCUACAGAAGACACAAGUGAAGAGUUACGAGCAGAAGCAAAGAUGUGGGAGAUGAACGCCAGAAAGCUGUUGGGGGACUUGGAGAUGUUGAGGACAGGAUUCUCAGAUCAAUCCAAAAAGAUGGAAGGUCUGGAAAUGGACCUUUCAACAGCAUAUGUAGAACGUGAUAAUUUGAAAAAAGAAGUUGAGCAAUUAACAUUGUCAUCAGGAGAUCCAAUAGUGAGACAGAAAACUUUGGAAGAUUCAAUAUCUCAAGGUGAAAGUAUUCCAGAAAUUGAAAACGCUCUAAAAGAUGAAUUAAAGUUUCAGAAAGAAUCCAAUGCCAAUUUGUCUUUGCAACUAAAGAAGAGCCAAGAAGCAAAUGUUGAGCUUGUUUCUGUUCUUCAGGAGUUGGAAGAAACCAUAGAACAGCAGAAACUUGAGAUAGAAAACCUUUCAUCAUUACCCUCAAAACUCAGUGCUCUCGAGAAAUCUUUCCAGGUAAGUGAAGAAGGAAACAUGAUCUUAAUUCAACAAAUAGAACAGUUGGAAGAAUCAAAGAAAAAUCUGCUAGCUAUGGUGCAAAAACUGGAAGAGGCAUCGGAGAAUAAAAUUCACGACAUUGAACAUGCAAAGAUUCCAAACAAAAAAACACUUCAAGAUAUUGAAAUUGAAUAUGAAAUCGAAUUAUCUGCUAAAGAGGAAGAAAUCUCAAGUUUGAAAGCAAGACUGUUAGACUCUGUCCCAGAAACCUGCAAUGGAGGAGAGACUGUGUCAAGAAAUGUAGGUGAUGCAGAUCUUUUGGAACAAAUCGAGGUAUUGAAUGAGAAAGUUCAGGAACUUGAGAUGGACUGUAAUGAGCUGACAAACGAAAACCUUGAGCUUCUAUUCAAGCUGAAAGAAGCAAAGACCGAUUCAAAAGAUGGAGGUGCAUCCAAAGAUCUUUUGUCAAAUAUAUUCAAAGAUCAAUCUUUUUCUAGCUCCGAGUCUGUAGCAAGCAACAAUUUAUUUAGAAUAUUUCAUUCAGAAGACAUGCUCCCGGAGGAAAACACCAAGAAGAUUAGUAAUGAUGGUCAUAUUUCGAUUCGAGAGCUUGAGACUUCUAAAUCAGCACAAGAAGUCAGAAUCACAGAUCUGAAUAAUGAACUAACUGAUGAAACAUCUGAGAUGGAAAACCUUGAGGUCGAACUAGAGAACGCUAAAAAUCAAUCUGCUAGGCUCCAAGAGAAGAUUGCGGAGAUGCAGUCUGAGAUGGAUUCUUCCAUAGAAGAUUUGGAACAAAAACUAAAGGAAACACAAUUUCAUUGGUCAGAAGCACAAGAAGAAUGUGAAUAUCUCAGAGGAGAAAAUCAGCAGUUACAAAUUACCAUUGAAAAUCUUGAAGAAGAAUGUGAUUCAUUUGAGAAGCUAAAUGGAUAUUUGAGGCAGCAAAAGUUGGAGUUAGAGGAGUAUUGCUCCCUUAUGGGAGCCAGGUUGAGGGAAUCAAGUGAAAGAUUUGAUGAUUACUGUGAAAGAGUGGGACUCCUAGAAAAGAAGUUUGCUUUGAUGCUGGAAGAGAUUACAUCAAAAGAGAAGAAUUUAACCUCAGAGAUGGAUGGUAUUUUGGAUGAAAAUAGGAAACAUAUGGAUCAGGGUCAAAGCUUAUUGAAUCAGAUGCAAAUGGAGAAGAUUGUGGAAAUUCAGAACCUUAAACUAGAAAUAGAGAAUCUCAGUCUGAAACUUUCAGCAGCCUAUGAUGAAAAGGAGAGAAUAGCUUCCAAUGCUUUGCUUGAAGUAUCCACAUUACGUGCUGGUAAAGCCAAAUUGGAAUUCGCUUUUGGAGAAGUUCAAUCUGAAGUGAUUUUGUCGAAGAAUGAGGUAAAUGUGAUGCAGACUGAAUAUAAACAGAAGUUGAAAGACCUAACAACUGAGCUUGCCGAUUUCAAAUUUAAAAUGGAAACGCUGAUGGCUGAACAUGAAAAAUUGUCAGAGCUGGUGGAGGACUACAAAUCGAGAGAACUGAAAUUAAAAAGCACUAUUAAUUCCCUUGAAUCAAAACUUACAGACACUGAAUAUGAAAGACAACAAUACAUGGAUGAAUCUAGAAAUUCGAAGGUUCAGUUGCAGCAGACAUGUCAAUUUGAAAAUGAGAUUAUGGCUCUCAAGAGUGAGCUUAACACUUCCAAUACUGAGAAAGAGAGACUAAAAGCCUCAUUAUGCUUGAAAUCUGAACUAUGUGAAGAUCUGAAGGCAGAGAAUACAUCAUUUGAACGAAAGAUGUCAAGCUUGGAGAAGGCUGCAUCAGAAUUGGAGCACUGCAAGAGAACUAGAACAUCCCUUGAAGAAAGGCUUAUGCAGUUGGAAAAUGACUUGAAUGCAAGAGACGCAAGAUGUGCCCAGGAAAAAUCUAAGCUUCAGGAAAAAGCUCAGGCCCUUGAAGAAGAAUUGAAACUGAUUAAGGAACAAAAGCGAAAUCAAGUUUCAAAGCUAAACAGGAAACCUGUUAAUGAUGAUCAGAAGGCCUCAAAACAGAAUUCUAUUAUUAAGAAUACCAAUCAAGUUCGCAGCAAUAGGAAAAAGCCAUCUUUAAAGAAUGACAGAGAAAUCCUGAAAGAUCAACAAGACCCUUAUAACAGCAGGAAACAUCAGACUGAGGUGGAAAGUGAGCAUGGACUUCUUGAUGAAAAUGUUCAUGUAGUUGAAGUAGAACCUGUAUCAAAGACUCAAUUGCUUGAGACUGCAGUAGAAAAAGCAAAAGAAGCCAUUGACAUAUAUGAAGUUCAACUUAACAGGUCAUCAUCUCAAGGCCGAAACAACCAUGCAAAUGGCCCAGUAAAAUCAAUAGUUGAAGAAGAACAAGUGACAAAGGAAAAGUUUGAACGUACAAAAUCAAUACUAGAGGAAGAGUUGAGAGAUAUUCAGGAUCGUUACUUCCACAUGAGCCUUAAAUAUGCAGAGGUGGAAUCUCAGCGUGAAGAACUUGUAAUGAAGCUCAGGGUGGCUAAGAGCAAAAAAGGAUGGCUCUCAUAGAACUAUAACCAGUCUUGUUUUAAUAUUUUAUGCUGAAAAUCUCAGGUUCCUUAUAACACGAAUUUGAAGUGCCACAUAGUUUUAAAUCUGUUAUAGGAUGUAUAGUAGUUAUACUUUUGAAAGGGAUCGUUGGUUAGAAGAGUAAUACUGAAACCAUAACGGUCAUCGUAAAUAUCAGAAAUUUUGAAAGGUAGAUAUUAACAAAGAAAAUGAUAUUAUGAUUGUCUUGCAGCCA